AUGGAAACCAGGAAGGAGAUGGUGCUGUUUUUGGACGGAGGUCAGCUUGGCCCUCUGGCUGGCAAGAGGGCGCCCAAUUUGGCAGAGGCCGUGGGGGGGCCGGGCCCGGAGCCGCAGGACAAGAUGAUGCCCAGGACUUGCUUGAGCCCUAGAGCUGCCCCCCUGUCCUCCCGGGGAGCAGGAGGAGAAGAAGAGGAAGAGGAGGAUGAGGAGGAAGAAGAGGAGGUGGAAGUCCUACCAGCGCCAGGGACGGUCCCGGAGAACCGCUCCGCAGCGGCGGCGCUUCUUUCUGCUGGUCAGCAGCCCUCUCUCCACCGCCUCCCCCCCACCAAAGGCCCCCAGAGCAGCUCCGACACCGAAUCGGAUUUCUAUGAGGAAAUCGAGGUGAGCUGCACUCCGGACUGCGCCCCCGGCAACGCGGAAUACCACCACCAGCACGGCAAAGAGAGCCCCAGCAGCGCAGUCGACCCCUCCAAGGGCAGCAGCGGUGGCGGCGCAGGCAGUGGUAGCGGAGGAGGAGGAGGAGGUUCUCAGGGAUCGCUGGCCUGCAGCGCCAGCGAUCAAAUGCGCCGUUACCGCACUGCCUUCACCCGGGAGCAGAUAGCCAGGCUGGAGAAAGAGUUUUACCGAGAGAAUUACGUGUCCAGACCUAGGAGGUGCGAGCUGGCCGCCGCCUUAAACCUACCUGAAACCACCAUCAAGGUGUGGUUCCAGAACCGGCGGAUGAAGGACAAGAGGCAGCGCCUGGCCAUGACUUGGCCCCACCCGGCGGAUCCGGCUUUCUACACCUACAUGAUGAGCCACGCGGCGGCCACCGGCAACUUGCCCUACCCCUUCCCCUCCCACCUGCCCCUGCCUUAUUACUCCCACAUGGGGCUCGGAGCCGCUUCGGCUUCGGCCGCAGCCGCCCCCUUCAGCUCCCCGCUGAGGCCGCUGGACACCUUCCGCGUCCUGUCCCACCCGUACCCGCGACCAGAACUGCUCUGCGCCUUUCGACACCCCUCCCUCUAUGCCGGCCCGACCCACGGGCUGAGCGGCGCCGGAGGGAGCCCCUGCUCCUGCCUGGCUUGUCACGGGAGUCAGGCGACCGGGCUCGCGCAGCGGCCUUCGGGAUCGGACUUUAACUGCUCGGCCACUACCCGGACGGACUCCUUUCUCACGUUUACGCCUUCGGUGCUGAGCAAGGCCUCCUCGGUCCCCCUGGACCAGCGCGAAGAAGUCCCUUUGACCAGAUAA